CAGGGUAUAGUGACAACAUUGUUUUGUGAUUUUUUGUGUCUGUGUGUGUAGAAACAUAUGUACAUACAUGUGUGUAUUUAUCUGAAAUGUGUUUUUUAUAAGUUAGUAGAAGAGACGUUUAUUGCUUAGCUGGGCAAUUUACAAGCCCUUCGAGAGAGAAAGCAACAAGUGUUCAGUGUGUGCUUCAGGUUUCGACGGAGAGCAAGUGCGUGGCAUGUUGAGUCUGAUUGGAUUGGAUAGCAGUUGAUGUCAGGCGCUUGUUGCGAUUACGACACCAGACACAGCGGACGCUCUGCUUUGCUUUGCUUUACUUAGCAAAACAACAAUCACAGCCAUUUCGGUUUGGUUUGCGUCUCUAAUUAAGAUAAGCUGCACUUUUUGCAACCACAAAUAUGGACAACUGGCUCAAGAUCUCGCUGCUGCUGUGCAUGUUCGGCUUCUUUCGUGAGAUGCGUCCCUCGGAGUCGUAUGUCACCGAAUACCUUGCCGGUGACUGGCGUAAUCUAACAUCGGAGCAAGUCCAGCAAGAGGUCUAUCCAUUUGGGACGUAUUCCGUGCUCGCCCAGCUGGUGAUUGUGUUUCUGGUAACGGAUUUGCUGCGCUACAAGCCCAUCAUCAUACUCUCCGCCAUCACCGGCAUCGUGUUGUUCGUCAUGCUCCUGUGGACACGCUCGCUGCUGAAUCUACAGAUUGCACAGGUGUUCUAUGGCACGUUCAUGGCCUCCGAGGUGGCCUAUUACACCUACAUCUAUGCCAAGGUCGACAGAGAGCACUAUCAAGUCGUCACCGGUCAUACACGUGCUGCCAUCUUGUCUGGCAAAUUCCUGGGUGGCGUCUUGGCUCAAGUACUCGUCUCCACCGAGUCGAUGAGCUUCCGGGAGCUGCACUUCAUCUCGCUGGCCACGCAAAUCAUCUCGUUGCCGAUCUCGCUGCUGUUGCCCAAAGUUCCGCGAAGUUUCUACUUUUAUGCCGUGGACAAGGAGACCACCAAGCCACCGGCGAUUGCUGGCCAGGAAGAGACACCCAAGUUCUCAUUGCGAAACGCUGGACGUUUGCUUUGGUAUCAUUUGGUGUCUUCCUACACAAAUCCCAUUGUGCUGAUGUGGAGCAUUUGGUGGUCCCUGGCCAUCUGCGCCCAAGUGCAAGUCAUCACUUACAUACAGUUCCUGUGGAAGGAUCAGGCGCCCAACAAUCAGAGCAAUUACAACGGAGGCACUGAAGCGAUUGCCACACUUCUGGGAGCAGUUGGUGCCAUCGUUGCUGGACUGUUGAAGAGUAAUAAUCACCGGAAUCGUUAUAUGCUCAUCAAUUCGAUUUGUGGCAUCGCUUUGGGCGCGCUGUUGCUGCUGGCGGCUCUGUGCAACAAUGUCUGGGUGUCGUAUGCCGUAUAUAUUGCAUUUUGCUCGGUGUUUUAUUUUAUUGUCACCAUUGCGGCGGCAAUUGUGGCCGAGAAUUUGGUGGACGAUAGUUUUGGCCUGGUCUUCGGCAUCAAUACGCUAGCCGCGCUAAUUCUGCAGACCAUCCUCACAGUAGUUGUGGUUGCAGAUACGGGCUUUGGUUUGCCACCCAGAGAUCAGUACAUUGUGUAUGGCAGCUAUUUUCUAAUUAUGUCGGCCAUUUAUUUGCUGGUCGUUCUGUUCCUAAAAAUGUGCUCCAACAAAUCUCAAACCGUAGCGUAAAUAAAAAUAAAGUAACGAUCUUUUCUACACAACA